AAGACCCAAAUUACCAGAUAAUUAUACUCAGGACACAUGGCAGAAACUUCACGAAGCAGUGGGAGCAAUACAGAGUAGCAUUUCUAUUAAGUACAACCUUGAAGAGCUCUACCAGGCUGUUGAAAACCUUUGUUCUUAUAAAGUGUCUGCUACACUGUACAAACAGCUGCGACAAGUCUGUGAAGAUCAUGUGAAAGCACAAAUCCUUCAAUUCAGAGAAGAUUCUCUGGAUAGCCUUUUAUUUUUAAGGAAGAUAAAUAAAUGCUGGCAAGAUCAUUGCAGACAAAUGAUCAUGAUCAGAAGUAUUUUCUUAUUUUUGGAUCGCACAUAUGUACUUCAGAAUUCAAUGUUGCCUUCUAUAUGGGAUAUGGGGCUAGAAUUAUUUAGGAAUCACGUUAUUAGUGAUAAACAAGUUCAAAACAAGACUAUUGAUGGAAUCCUCUUGCUGAUUGAACGAGAACGAAGUGGUGAGGCUGUGGACAGAAGUUUGCUGCGCAGUUUGUUAAGCAUGCUCUCUGACCUGCAGGUUUAUAAAGAAUCGUUUGAACAGAGGUUUUUGGAGGAGACAAAUUGCUUAUAUGCUGCAGAGGGCCAAAGAUUAAUGCAAGAAAGAGAG